GAGUUGCAUCAAAACCUGUUCGAUGCUGUACAUACUAGUUGUUCAACAUAAACCUGAAAUAUAUGGCACAAAAGAAACAUUCAAACCACGUGGAUACGGCCACAGUAGACGUACAAAGGGAAGAAGAUGAACUUCGUGAAAAUCAACCUAUUUUUGGAUCCGGCGCAACGGUAACUCGUGACCCAAGCCGAUGGUGGGUGCUGUUCCUUACAUCCAUGAUGGGUAUUCUCAACAACUUCCUUUGGGCCACAUGGGGUCCCAUCUCUCAGUCGGCCCUGCUGGUGUACGGUUGGUCAGAGGGAACCCUUUUCUGGGUCACAAAUGUGGGCAACAUCGCUGGGCUUUUGUUAGCUCCAUUAGGAAUCUACCUUGUCGAUAUAAAAGGAAUACGCAUAUCCCUGUUGGUGGGGAUGGGGGCAAUGGCAAUAGCUGCAGGCACGAGGGUGAUAACCCUCGAUCAUACCAUUGCUACAAUCUUGAUCGCUGUUGGGCAAGGUUUUAACGGGUUUGUGACUGCUAUUAGCCAGUGUCUUCCGCCAGUCGUAUCCAACACUUGGUUUGGAGUGUCAGAGAGGACCACUGUCACUGCAGCGGGCUGUCUGUCGUUCGGGCUUGGAGCUGGUCUUGCCUUUUUGUUUGGGCCAUUGACAGUCAACAUGCCAAAAAUGAAUGGAACAGAGAUAUUGGUCAACCAAACAGAUGUUAACAAGAUUGAAUCUCAAAUGAAGACUUUUAACUACAUGACAUUUGGGUUUGCAGCGUUUCUAGUUGUAUGUACAAUUAUCUAUUCGCCUGCAAAACCAAAGUUCCCACCAAGCAAGUCUGCCAAUGCUGAGAGAUUAAGUUUGAAGAAAGGCGCCCUCCGUCUUAUGCGGAAUCCGUUUAUUUGGCUAAUAAGCGGUGUGUAUUCUUUGCCAAUGGGAUUUUACGGCAAUUGGGCUUCAUUUCUGGAUGCCAUUCUUACACCGUUUGGAAUCAAGCAGUCAGAAGCCGGUUGGAUGAACUUCUCCGCAAUGAUUGGAGGUGUCGUUGUAGGGACCAUUAUUGGGAGGUUUGCUGAUUUGUUUAAACGGAAAUUGAAGCUGAUCCUUAUUGUGUUGAACCUUCUGAUUGUUACAAACUUUGCUUGGUUUACAUGUAUGGCGGUGGACUUUGUACCACGCUCGAAAGGUUUAUUCUUCGUCUCAGUGGUAUUAGGUGGCAUUCUAACCAGCAGUACGGGUCCGCUGUUCUACGAGAUAUCGUGUGACACUGCAUAUCCGGCCGGAGAGGGACUUAUUGUAGGAUUCCUUGGCAUUGGAGUUAAUUUAGGAGCGUCCGUAUUUCUGGGUAUAGAUCAGACAUUCACAGGCGACACAGCUUGGACAAACUGGGCAUUGGUUGGCGUUUACUUACUAGCUGUGCCGCUUUUGUUUAUGUUUCGAGAAAAAUAUACCCGUCUGGACAUCGAUAUUGAAGUGAAAGUGUGACCAAUUGGCUGAAAAGACAUGUGAUUUUCUCUACUGUCUAAACAUGUUUGAUUGUUCCAAUCAUGUAUAUGCAUUUUCAACAACUUUCAAUACAACAUAAUUGAAACACUUUAAAUGUUU